CUUCGGGAGCCUGCGCCGCCUCAAAAGAGGUUUACACCCGAGAAGCCCACGGCGCCUUUUCCAGGCUCGCAAGCCAAAAACCACUUGGCUGACAAAAGGUCACGUGAGCGGAGGGACUUCGGAGGUCCAGUCAUCCACGCCCCUGGGCUUCGGAAACGCUGUGGGGACCGUGCGCCCCGCCCACCGCCACGGCCCCGCCCUCCCCCGGCAAACCACGCCCCCGAGCGCCCCGCUCGCCUUGGCCGUGGCUCCGCCCCUCGACUACAAGUCCCAUCUGCCCCCGUGCUCGCUCACAUCACGCCAGGGGAAGAUGGCCGACACGGCGGCCGGGGCCAGUGGCUCCGGAACGAGAUCAGGAAGUAAACAGUCCACCAACCCUGCAGAUAACUACCACCUGGCUCGGAGAAGAACCUUGCAAGUGGUUGUGAGCUCCCUGCUGACAGAGGCUGGGUUUGAAAGUGCAGAGAAAGCAUCUGUGGAAACCUUGACAGAAAUGCUGCAGAGCUAUAUCUCAGAAAUUGGGAGGAGCGCCAAGUCUUACUGUGAACACACUGCCAGGACCCAGCCUACACUGUCAGAUAUCGUGGUCACACUGGUUGAGAUGGGCUUCAAUGUAGACACCCUCCCUGCUUAUGCAAAGCGCUCUCAGAGGAUGGUCAUCACUGCCCCUCCAGUGACUAAUCAGCCGGUGACUCCCAAAGCCCUCACAGCAGGGCAGAACCGCCCCCACCCACCGCACAUCCCAAGCCACUUUCCUGAGUUUCCUGACCCCCAUACCUACAUCAAAACCCCGACCUACCGUGAGCCUGUGUCCGACUACCAGGUCCUGCGGGAGAAGGCUGCGUCUCAGAGGCGAGAUGUGGAGCGGGCGCUCACCCGCUUCAUGGCCAAGACAGGCGAGACCCAGAGCCUUUUCAGGGAUGACGUCAGCACCUUCCCGUUGAUCGCAGCCAGGCCUUUCACCAUCCCCUACCUGACGGCCCUCCUCCCCUCUGAGCUGGAGAUGCAGCAGAUGGAAGAGACCGACUCCUCCGAGCAGGAUGAGCAGACGGACACGGAGAACCUGGCUCUUCACGUCAACACGGAUGAUUCCGGAGCUGAGAAGGAGAACACUUCUGUCCUGCAGCAGAACUCCUCCCUGUCAGGCGGCCGGAACGGGGAGGAGAGCAUCAUUGAUAACCCCUAUCUGCGGCCCGUGAAGAAGCCCAAGAUCCGCCGGAAGAAGUCCCUGUCCUGAGCUGCAAAAGAAGCUGGCCUGUGAGGGCAGCGGACGCCACCCUGGUGGGAGAGGGGAGAAGAGAGGGAGACCUCCGCAUGUGGAGCCGGGGCCGCAGGGUGCGCUCCAGCGGGAUUUUAUAGCAAGCCUCCUGUCGCCAUGAACUGUUGGGGGAGUGGAGCUGAGGCGCUAGAGCGCCAGCCUGGAGUGAAAAAGCCAAGGGACAGCACCCAGGCCUUGAGUUCGAGCCUUAGUACCAGAACCCUCCCCCCCCCCCCCAAAAGAAGUAUAUUUCCUGGAUCUUUGGGCCAAGGAGGAAAUGACGUUUUCUUAACCAGGCCACGCUGCUGCAUGCCAGGGUACAGGGCUGCUGGGGACUCCAUUUUUAUCACAGGACUUGAUUUCUUUGUAGCCCCGAGGACCAGGGGAGGCGGCAAGGAGAGGAAGCAUUCUUUGCCGCUUUGCUUGUUUUCACGUGUCUUUGCCCAGUGCAUUUUGGGCUCAUGGAUCCUUUGUUAGCUCACGAAUCAUUGAUCAACCCAGAACCUCCUGAUUUCUCCUCUGGAUCAUGUGGGAUGCUCAGCGGGCACCUGGCAGACGUCAGCAGGUGCCAUGAGCAGAUGCACUAACGUGUAGGACAGUGCUAUGGCAGGGCCACGCUGAUUGCCUGACCAGCAUUGGAUAAGAGCUGCUCCAAGCGGGGCCACCAUGAGAUUUAUCAUCUGUUGCCCCCUGGGCCCAGUGACCUGCCCCACCUAGGCAAGGAGCCAGGCUGGGGGAUUGAUCACUUGACACUGUGACUUGACGGAGGAGCCCUGGAUUUGAAGCAACAGGGAAAGGACAUGGAAUGGGGGUGGGGGGAGUGGGGUGUUGGGAGCUGGACGCGGCCUUGAUUGGGAAAGUGGAGGAACCCCACUGGUGUGCUGGAGGCCAGGGUGGAUGGAAGCCACAGUCCCCAUCUGCUGGCGGAAGAGGACUCGAGCCUGUAGCCCAAGCCCAGGAGUUCCCCUCAGAAGCAGAGCUGAGUCUCUUUAACCUCCUCACCUCCUGGGAGAGGCGACUACUUCCUCCAGGACCCCAGCAUACCAGGAAGCACAUUUCUAAGGAAGGACUGGCAAGCUGCUCUUUUGCUGGGAUGAGAAGGAAGGAAUUCAUUGAGUAGCACCGAGGGAGGAAAGUCCAGUGACCCCUGCAAGCUGACAGAAGGCAGAUUGCUUCCUGAAUUGGAUUUUUUUUUUUAAAUCAGUUGUAGGGGUGAGCUCAGGGCCUGGGUGCUGUUCCUGAGCUCUUUUUGCUCUAG